AUGGUGCACCGCACAAGGAUUUCACAGGAUAUUGCUCAUGCAAUGAUCGAACUGAGCCGGUUCUCACUUUCUACUGGUGGUGCCCUUCCAUUUGAUCGAGAUGGGAAUUUGAAUAAACCUAGUACUAUGAGGUUUGUUGACCAUCAAUCCGUGCUUGAGCGACUAGGAAAUGACGAAGAGGACGAAUCAGCGCUCUAUUUUGAAGCAGGACCAUUUCAAGACGCAGCUCCAUGCUAUCUUCUCGCAAUCGACCGAGCAAAAGAGCGCAAGCAACCCCUCCAUAAGGGUGUGGAAAAAUCUCCUGCGCAUGCUUUUAUCCUGGGCUCCGGCCACAAGACCUGA